AUGGAUAUUGAUUUAUCUGAUGUAAAAUCAAAUGAUACUGUACCAUUAACAACACGAGAUCGUAAUUUCUUUACUCAAUUAAAUCAAUUUAUGAAAGAUGAAUCGGCUAAAGUUGGUGGUAUUCCAUCAAAAGAACGUUUUGCAAUUUUUCGAUUAGCUUUUGAAAAAAUUAUUGAAAAAUCAUCUCUUUAUCGUCCAUUAUUUCGAGCCAUAAAACAAGAAUAUGAAGAAUGUAUUGGUGCACUUGAAUCUGGUGCCGAUGAAGUAGAAUCAAUGAGUGCUGAUCUUCAUCGUCUUGUUUUACAACCAAAAACAUUUUUACUUCGACAAAAACGAUGUAUGGAAUUAGAAGAUAAACUUGCGAUUAUAGAACAAGAAAAUAAACAAAUUGAACGAGAAAUUGCUGAAGUAUUAACUCAAAUAGAAGACGAUGAAACAAAAUCAUCUAAAGAAAUUAUUAACAAUACCAAUACUUUCACACAACCACGGACUGGUCAUCGACGUAUACCAGGUUUAACAUUUGCUGAAGAAACAGAUUUAAAAGAAUUAGAAAAAUAUCAUGAUUUUAUUCGAGAUAAAUAUUUACGUCUUGAAGAAAAUUCUUCAACUAAAUAUACAAAAAAAGAAAAACGAAUUGAAAUGCAAAAUUUAUUUGAACAAAAACUAUCUGAUUUAGAUAAACAACGUGAACAAAGAUUAACAUUACGUAAUCGUAUUCGUUUAUAUCAUCUUGCAUGGAGAAAUAUUAAAAAAUUUACAGAAGAAAAACAAACAUCAUCAAUAAUGAAUAUUAAUUCAACUUUAUUAGAAGAUGUUCUAAUGAAUGCAAUAUAUGAAUCAUCGAAUAUUUUUCCAAAAAGUGAAAAUGAUGAUGAUGAUAUUGAUAAUGAAUCAUUUUAUGAUAAAGAAGCAGGAGUAAUAUUAGAUCAUAUUGAAAUUUUUAUGGAUAUGAUAGAUAAAGGAAAUUAUAAAGAAGCAUCGUAUGUAGCAGCAUGUAGUCCUAAAGGAGUAUUAAGAAAUAUGGAAACAUUAUUGAAAUUUAAAGCACUUAAGAAACCAUCAAAUGAAGAUAUUAGCCCAUGGCUUUUCCAUUGUAAAGUAUUAGCUGAAACAGCUCUUGAAGCACCAUUUAUACCUGAUAUGAUUAUAUCAUUAGAAUGUGCUAAAGCAGCAUGUAGUGAAAAUCAUCUUGAACUUCUUUAUAAAUGGAUAGCCGAAGAAAGAUUGACCUGUUCUUUUGAAAUGGCUCAACUUGUUGAACGAUCAGGUGCUUUAGAUUUAGCUGAAUUUAUCUAUCGUCAAGUUAAUGCUUAUUAUGAAGUUGCUUCAUGUCUUUUACAAACAGAUUCAUCAAAACGAUGUUUGGAUUAUCUCAUAUCUAUUGAUGAGUCGAUUCCAUCAAUGCAAGAUUUACUUACGAAAUUAUUUAAUCAAUAUCCAUCUAUUAAAUUUGCUGUCGAUAUAGUUAAUUAUGCACCUAAAAAAUAUUUACAAGCAGAUGAAUUAGUACUUCUUUUUCUUCAACUUGAUCAACAUGUAAAUGCUAUUCAAUUUGUCGAACAAUUAAUUCAAGAAAAAGGAACAAAUUGUGAAAAAGAAGAAGCGGAGAAAUUACAAACAUGUUUUGAUCUAUUAAAAAAAUAUUCAUAUUUAGCUUAUGAUAAAGCAUCAUCAUCAGCAACCGAAGAUGAAAAUACUAAUCCAGCAGAAACAGAACGAGAAUUAGCUCAUCGUUUGACACGACGUAUUACACGUUCAGCAUUAGAACGAUUUCGACGUGCACGUCGACGUAGUAGUACAAAUAGUAUUACACUUGAACCUAUCCAAGAACAUCCAACACCAUCACCGCCGUCACCAUCUGAGACUCCUCUAUGUCAUCAAGAUUUUUUUAAUGAUUUUUCUGGCAAACUUUAUUUUAGUGAUGAUGUUGAAUUGAAAAAAGAUGAUUUGACAGAAUCGAUAGAUGGAUACGAAUGA